AUGGUAUCCACCACUGCGUGCGAAUCCAUCUCGCUCACCGAGCCAGAAGAGCGGCCAAGCCCGAUAGUGCCAGAAGAACCACACAAUGAUUCUUCCGUUACCGAGGCUAAAGUCCCUUACCUGAAGCUCAUCGCAUCGGGCUUCUCCUUCUUCGUCGCUGGUGUCAACGACGGCAGUCUAGGCUCCUUGCUUCCCUACGUGCUCGAGACGUACCACGUUAGUACCGGUCUGGUAAUUAUCGUUUAUGUUACAACUCUCGUGGGCUGGUUGGUGGCCGCCCUAACCAAUAGCACCGCCUGCCAAUACCUUGGAUUAGGUUCUAUGCUCGCUCUGGGGGCUGCGCUUCAAGUGCUGGCCCAUGUCCUGCGUGCCUGGCUUCCGCCGUUCCCAUUGUAUGCUAUAACUUUCUUCCUGGCUAGUUUAGGACAAGCAUUCAAUGACACCCAUGCCAAUACAUAUGUCGCUGCGGUCAAGGCCGCCCACCGAUGGCUCGGCUUUAUCCAUGCCAUGUACAUGGCUGGGUGUCUCGUCGGGCCACUGGUGGCUACCGCUGUAGCGUCUGCUAAUAGGCAGUCACAGUGGAAUUUAUUCUAUGUCUUUCCACUUGCCUUCCGCGAUAGCAUGUCCGUCCAUCAUUCCUCAGAAGCCGUUCAAAGCGACGACCCGCAGGCUUCGGGUAAGAACAGUCGCGGUACCCGUGCCGUAAGGGAGAUCAAGGAUACACUUCGUGUACCAGCUGUCUGGUUGACAAGUCUCUAUUUUUUCUUUUUCCUGGGAGCGGCCAUCACGGCCGGUGGAUGGAUUGUCGAGUACCUUGUUCGCGUUCGGCAUGGUGAUGUGCACCAGAUGGGUUAUAUCCCGACGGGGUUCUAUGGCGGAGCUUUUCUUGGUCGACUACUUCUAGCCGAACCUACUUAUCGUCUAGGAGAGCGUCGCAUGAUAUUUAUAUACGCUGCCCUGUGUGCUGGGUUAGAGCUGGUGUUCUGGCUGGUGCCCAAUAUAGGCGUUGAGGCCAUGGCCAUUUGCUUGUUGGGAUUCUUCUCGGGGCCCUUCUUCGCAACAGGAAUAUCGGUCGCAUCUAAAAUAUUUCCGGCUAACAUUCGUUCCUCCGGGAUUGCAUUUGUCUUCGUGUUGGGGCAGAUUGGAGGAUCGCUCUUCCCCGUAUUGACGGGCAUCAUCUCUUCCCACACCGGCGUCAAGGCCCUGCAGCCCAUGUUAUUGGCUCUACUGUGCGCUACGGGUAUCAGCUGGCUGCUGGUGCCUACUAAGGCGCCGAGACUGCGUGCAGAUUGA